CGUUGUGUGUACCGUUAAUUGUGUCGUGUAUACCUAUACAACUGCAAUACGAAAACGAAAAACUUGUAUAUGUUACAUUCAAUUUUUCAAGUUUUCAAGGUCUAUGUAGUAUGUAAUAUAGACUAAUUGUGUGUGGAACAAUCGCAAUUUUGACGUGAUUUACUUACAAAAAGAGUACUAUUUACCAGUAAGUUUGUCAGAAUUCGAAAAAUAAAUGAUGAAUCCGAUGAGUAUCUCGAUUCUCUCGCGGUCGUGCACACUCAGUUUUUUUUUAGUAACACAUAACCUACGAAAAGCGGCGUUGUCGUUAUGAGUGUAGACAUAUGACUCAGGGGUGAACUGGUGAAGGGACUUGCGAUUUUGAUGCUCAAUUUGAAGAUUAAGUACGUUGGAUAAUAACUGAAGCGUAGAUUUUUAUCAUUGGGAAGACCCAAGAUGGAGGGCAUGCCAUCAGCUCAUGAAUAUUUGACAGUAUCUUCGUGCUACAUCAAAGAGGAACUUGAUCUUUCAAAUGUGACUGAUUAUUCUGAUGAUGAGCCAAUGUACAGAUAUUACGUUGAACCACCUAUUUCAAGCACUAUGAACAACAAAAUUGCAAGUAUUGCUUCACUUAAUACUGGUAUUAAUGUACAUAAAACCAAUGUAAAAGAUGAACAUUCUGCUGGGCUAGAAAAUUCUAAAAAUUCAGAUAAGUCUGAAGAUGUAAUGGCUGAAAAAAAUUCAAGUAAUAAUCGCGUUGCCAUAAUGGGAGAAGAAUCUGAAGAUACGGACGUUGAUGUUGAAAAUGAUUCAUCUGAUGAUGAAACCAAUAAUAUAAGUUUUCGACAAGAAAAUAGCAAUGCUAUGGAAGAAGAUGCAUGGGAACACGACAGUUCAGAAGAAGAUUUUGAACUCAAAAUGUCCGAUGAUUCACUAGAAGGUGAUCGAUUAAAACUCACUGAAGCUGAUGACUUGAAUGAUGAUAGUAAAAGUGAAUGUGCAGCUAACAGUAACGAAUUGAAUUCGACCAAAGUCGAAAGCAGAUCCUAUGUGACAAGAAAUAGAAGUAAGAAUCUAACGCCUACCCCACAAUCAACUAAUAUUAAUUCUGAUAAGUCAAGUGCAUUAAAGCAAUCAAAAUCUGAAGCAAAAGAUGAAAAAAUGACUACUAGAAAUUCGUUAAAACGACUUGAUACCACAGUCAUGGAGCAAAAAAAAAUCAGAAUUAGAAGAAGGAUAGAAAAAAAAGAUGCAGUCGUGAAUUUUUGUCCAAAAUGCCGUAUUAUACUUAAAAUGAAAACUUGUAGUACUACUGUAAAAUGCUCCAAGUGUAAAAAAACAAUGAAGUAUAAAUGUUUGUUGUGUAAAAAUAAAGAUCAUAUAACUGAUACAUAUUGCGGUGCUGCCAAACACGUCUCACUUCAUCACGCUUUCAAGAAAAAAGCAAGUGAUCAUUAUAAAAUGAGAUCAAGCUCUCGAAUGAGCUCUCAAAAAUCAACAGUUAAUGAGAGCGAGACAGUAAAUACUCAAGUAAACUCUCCGACGUCAACAAUCAGUUCUCCAAAAGUAAAAGUCAAUCCUCAAAAAACAGUUGUUAAACGAGACUUGGUUCUGGCUGAUAUAGAAAAAUUCACUAUUCUGAUUUGUUUAAAAUGUAAUGAAGUAGCUAGAGUUUACAACGGAAAAAUAUCAGAAUGUGGAGGGUGCAAAGUAAAAAUGAUACUGACAUGUUUGAUAUGCAGUCAAUACGAGAAUACUAUUUACGGAAUGUACCAGCACUUGCAUGAUAAACAUAAGGAACAUUGUACUGAGGAGCAACAAGACAAUUCUAACAAGCUUACUAACGUUGAAAGUGACAAAAGUGAAAAAAAACCACGUAUCGUUAGAAAUAAAAGAUGUUUGAAAUGUAAGAGGCGAUUUUUAUCAACAUCAACUGCUUACAAACAUGCCGAAAGCUGUACAGGUAUCGGAAAUUUUCAUUGGAAAUGCGAUUAUUGUACAUAUCAAACGAAUUUCAAAUCAGCUUUGAAAAGACAUCAUUCAAGAAAGCAUAAGGCCACAAUUGUGAACAAUGUAAAUAAAAGUGGAGUCAUCUCAAAGAAUCUCGUCAAAAAAAAAUCAAUUUCACAGAAUAAGAAACCAAAAAAUCAGUGUCCAGUAUGUGGCAAGACAUGUAAAAGUAUAGAUUCUCAAAAAAGGCAUGAAAUGUACUGUGGAGUUGCCCCACAUUUAAAAUGCCAAUACUGUCCAUACAUGACCAAGUAUAAGAGCAAUCUAACUAGCCAUACCAAUCAGAUUCACGCAGGUAAAAUUGAGAGCGAGAUUGUCAAACAAAACGAGGCUAAAGAAACAUCUGCAACUCUAGAUGCACCUAAAGCUCCCAAAGAAACAGGAAAAUCCAAACCUAAUACUUCUUCCAAUGGUAAUUCGUCUUCGGUCCCUCUAGUAAAACCUUUGCAUGAAGUGGCUGAAGUAGUAUGUCCCAAGUGCAACGAAAAUAAAGACAUGGUUCAAAACUUUAAAGAAAGGCAUUGUGAAAAAUGCAAUACAAUAUUACUUUAUCGUUGCAUGGUUUGUAGUAAAACGUAUGAGUUUUAUCAAAGUUUGAUGUAUCAUAUGAACAGUUCUUGCAACCCAAGUGCUAGUUACGAGUGUCUCAAGUGUGAUUAUAAAACUUCGGUCUUGAAUUGUAUACAAAAGCACAUUCGUACCCAUGGCAUCAAUCCUUGGGAUCUUACCUCGGCAGGCAAACGAGGAAAAGGAGUUUCCAUGGAAAUAGAAGAGGAUAAUAAAAUCUUCAAAAUAAUAAAAUAUAAAGAAUAUCAAUCUGAAAUUGUGCCACAAGGUAGAAAUGGAAAAAUCACCACAGAAGAAAGUGCAAAUGAAAAAAUAAAGCCCAAAAUUUCCAUUCAGCAAUCGACAAUGAAAUCAGAGUGCCCAAAAUGCAAGAUAUUUGUUUUACAUUUGAAGAAGCAUUUAAUAUUUUGUGGACUUGAAGCUACUUCGAAAUGCAAGCUAUGCCCUUACAAAACAAAAUAUGGUUACAACUUGAAAGCUCACAUGAGGAAAGUACACCAUACUUAUUGCAAGAGUAAAAUCACUAAACGAAAACCCAAUGAUUGUGAUAAGAAAGAGGAAAUCAUUAAUAACAUUGAUUCAGAUAUUCCAAAAGUUAACAACAUUGACUCAGAUGUUCCAAAAGUUGUUAAGAAAUGCAAUGCGCCACAAUUAAAAGCUGAAGACUUGAUGCAAUCGUACUGUAUCAAAUGCAAUACGUCCAAGGAAGCUCUUAAGUACGCGUUCAAGUGUCGCGUUUGUGAAUCUCAACUGACGUACCGUUGCGUUAAGUGUAAUGAAAAGUAUCCAACCCGCGACGAACUUCGUGUACACGUGCGAUUGCAUUGGCACAAACCUUUUGCAUGCCCUAAAUGUUCCAAGACCUUUGGCCAUGCUGAAAAUCUUCUUAUGCACGAAAAAAUAUGUACGGGAACGGUGACAACGAUCUCAGUUGAAAAUAAUCCAUAGAAUUUCUUCAAUUAGUGCAAAGAAUUCUCACUUUAUACCUUUAUUUGCAUUUUGCAUGUAUAGAUUUUUAUAAGAUUUUACCGAUUUUCAUGAAUUGGGAUCAACAGUGUUACUACUUAAUUAGUCAACGUAAACGCAGGCAAGUAGCAUCUGUGAUUUCUUAAUUUGAAAAAUGACUGCUAGAGCCAGCAAGAGAUUACAUAUAUUUUAAUACAGUCACAGUUAGGAAUGGAGUCUAGCUGAAGAUCGAGUACUUUUUUCAACCCUAAGUUGAUUCUAUUAUAAUUUUUGUCCAAAUGUAUAUAUGUUGUGGGAUGAUAAUGCCUUUUUUAAACUAGCUGGUACAUUCUAAAAUAGUAAAUAUAUAUUUUGUAUUUAAAGUAAAAAAUCGAAUAAAAAUGUUUCUUAAAUUUAA